AUGGCGAUGACGUCAGAUAAAGAUGAUGAAACAUCUAAAUUUCAUGGAACUAGUUUAAUUAGAAAAAAUUUAAAACAUCUAACAUUAGAUGAAUCAAAUUCACAACCAACAUCUGAAUCAAAUAUUCAAUUGCAUGAAAAGAAUGAUAGUAAGAAUUUACCAUCAAUUUCAAAUAAUUUAAAAUUAAACAUGAAUAAUGGUGGAUUAUACCUGAAGAGAGGUAUUAAAAAAAAAUUAACAUUAAAUUCAAAUAAUAAUUUUAGAGGUGGUAGUAAUUCUUUGUUUACAAAUAAUACCAAUAGUAAUGAAAAUAAAAUAAUUAUUCAACAAAAUCCAACAAUUAAUGAUACUCUACAACAACAACAACAACAACAAGAUAAUGACAGGGGGUCUUCUUCGUUAAUUAAUAAUCAAUCAAGUAUACAAUCUACUACUUUAACUUUGCCUGCUAAUAAUGAUAAAAAAUCAUCCUCUUUAAUAUCUCAUAUUAUUGCAAGAUCACAACAUCAUCAACAACAAAAACUUAGAGGUAAUGGUAGUAAAUCUCCACAAGGAUCUACUUCUCGUGAUAAUAAGAAUAUUGUUACUGGUAGUGAUAAUGGUUUAGACAAUAAUAAUAAUAAUAAUAAUAUUAAUAUUAAUAUUAAUAAUAAUAAUGAUGGUAAUAAUAAUAAUAUAGAUGGCAAUGGUGAGGAUACUGGUGAAGAUGAUAGUACACCUCUAAGAACAAUGUCAUCAAUGCCAAAUCUUUCAAGAACACCAGUUCCAAAACAUAGAAAAGCAAGUCAAUAUCAAUUACAAGAUUUAGUUCAAUUGGGAAAAAUUGGUUCUGGUAAUUCAGGAACUGUAUUAAAAGUUUUACAUGUGCCAACAUCAACAAUAAUAUCAAAAAAAGUGAUACCAAUCGAAAAAAAUAAUGAUAUUAUUAAUAAACAACUAUUAAGUGAAUUACAAAUUAUGAAAAAUAUUCAACCUCAUCCAAAUAUUAUUACUUUCUAUGGUGCAUAUUUAAAACAAUCUGUUAAUUAUGAUAUUAUUAUAUUAAUGGAAUAUAUGGAUUGUGGAUCGUUAGAUAAAAUUUUACGUGUAUUUAAAAAUUUUGUUAAGAGGGAUCAACAACAAAAUCCUUUAUUUAAACCACGUACAACAUGGUUUAAUAUGCCAGUUGUAAUGUCAAAAAUUUCAUUUGCUGUACUUUCAGGUUUGAAUUAUCUUUAUACGUAUUACAAAAUUAUUCAUAGAGAUAUUAAACCUUCUAAUGUCCUUGUGAAUGGGAAAGGUACCGUCAAGAUUUGUGAUUUUGGUGUAUCAAAAAAAUUAAUUAAUUCUGUUGCAGAUACUUUUGUCGGUACUUCGACAUAUAUGUCACCAGAGAGAAUUCAAGGGAAUGGUUAUUCUGUGAAAGGUGAUGUAUGGUCAUUAGGUUUAAUGGUCAUUGAAUUAAUUACAGGUGAUUUCCCUCUAGGAGGUCAUAAUGAUACGCCUCGUGGAAUAUUAGAUUUAUUACAACGAAUCGUCAAUGAACCUGCACCAAUAUUACCAAAUGAGGAAACAUUCCCAAAGAAUUUAAAAAAUUUCGUUGAUAGAUGUUGUGUGAAAGAGGCUAAAGACAGAGGUUCAAUUAGUGAAUUACUUCAACAUGAUUUUAUCACUCAUUUCAAUAAUAAUAAAGAUGGAGAAUUAAAUGAAAAAUAUGAUAUUGAAUUUAAAAGAUGGUGUAGAAAAAUUAAAUAUAAAGUUAAGAUGGAUAAACAGAUACGACGUGAUAUAGUAGAAAGGGCUAAGCUUGAAAAAUCGAAAUUGCAACAAGUAUCAUAA